AUGGUCGCAUGUAAUCGAUGCCGCAAUAGAAAGACCCGAUGUGCAGGAAAUCCUCCUCAUCCGUGUGCGGCAUGUGAGGAUGCAGGCCAAGUCUGUGUGUAUUCGGAAGCUGAGAAGCGCGUGUCAAUUCCAGAGAGUUACUAUCGUCAGCUCCAGUCGCAGGCCCGGGGGCCUUCCCGUCCAGAUGAGAGUCCCAAUCCCAGUCCCGCGCAGUCUAGCCCAUACACGGGCGUGGAAGUACCAAUUGAUCGAGAUGACUGGUGGUACAAGGGAACUGAUAAUCUAUUUUUGAACCGAUCUGGAGAGCAUCAGUUCGUGGGAGCAUCAUCGGCUACCCACCUGGCCAAACGCCUGCACCCAACUUCCGCCCAUCUUGCAUGGGAUGUGCGUCCGCUGUACGACGACCCUUUGUCUCUGCGGAUGUCAACAACACGGGCUCUCCCUCAAAUGCCGCCUUUCGAGUUUGCAAAGCGAGACUUCGAGGAGCGUCUGAAGAUGGUAUACAACCAACCUCCUGAUUUCUCCAGCAGAGAGUCGUGCCUUGUCUACUGUCAGGUGCUGUUGGUUGUCGCCUUUGGGCUCAUGUACUCGGUUAACCAAUGGUCGGGAGAUGACGGUCCGCCUGGUUUCAAAUACUUUAAGCAUGCCUUGCGUUUCUUGCCGGACAUUCAUGAGGAGGGCUCCAUAUUCUUCGUCGAAGUGUUGUGCUAUGUCGCAUAUUACAUGCAGAAUCUAAAUCGACGCGAUGCUGCGUUUCUUUACAUUGGUCUCGCCCUUCGUAUGGCCAUUUCAUUGGGUCUUCAUCAGGAAGUGUCGGACUCCACGAUCACUGAAGACGAUCGAAACCGUCGACGACGAGCUUGGUGGUCAGUAUAUAGUUUGGAUCGCCUGCUUUCGGUCAAGUCAGGUAACCCUAUCACAAUCCAUGACGAAGAUAUUGGAACAACAUGGCCAAUUCCUCUGGAUGGAGCGAGCGCUGUUCCAUGGCCAUCCGUUGUACUUACUUAUUACACGCAGCUGUCAAGAAUCUUAGAAAUCUAUCGUAAGAAGCCUCGAACCGGCUCCAGCCUAUUUGUCUCUGUACAGAGUAUCACGAAUGACCUGUCUGGUUGGCUGCAUCGGAUCCCUGAUCAGCUCCGUAUCAAUUUCUCUACCAUCAAUGAGCAUAUAAAUCGUGAAUCAGUGUCAAUUUUCUUACACUUUUAUUCCUGUGUCAAUAUGACCGCCAGACCUCUGGUGUUCUACGUUAUUCAGCGACGCCUGGAUGCGGAAGAUCAAGCAUCUGCGACCGAGGAUUGGAAAGGUGGGCUCUCACAGAAUACAGUGGCUGUUAUCGACAGCUGUAUUACCGCAGCCCGUGCGACCACCAUCAUUAUGGAUGCUGCGGCGAAGCAUAAUUUGGUCGCGACGUACGGCUACCUCGAUGGUGAAUACAUAUUUUCGGCAGCGUUAUUACUCGUCAUGGUCAAUGCAGCUUUUCCUUAUAAUGAAUCAAAUGCUCGAACAAUGGAUAUGGCAUUGAACUUGCUCCGCAGCAUGGCAGACCGGGGGAACGCUUAUCUUGGGUCACGCCAUUCACUACUACUCGAGCUCAAGUCGGCCAUCGGGUCCAAUCACUCCAGGAAGGGGGAUCUUCCUGCAUGCUCUCCUAAUACUCCCAGCAGCGCCCAACAGACGAGCCCAUCAGCGAAUGUGGUCCAAGAGCAAUCCCCGGUGGUCUCCACCGAAUGGCCUUCUCAGCAAGAUUUACCGUCUAUGCGGGAUAUUUCAUUCAACUUUGACAUCAAUGACGAUCCUGGGCUCUGGGAGGAAGUGCUGGGUCAGAUUGACAUCGACAUGGAUACCGACUGGAUUGAGAAUACCCUGAGAAAAUGA